AUAUAUAUACUGUGAAUGUUGAUCGGCAAUCGCAUUGGGUGCGUGGUAAUAAGCAGAAAUUAUUCGCCUGUGUGCAUCUUGUCAGCAGCAAAAAUUGAUUUAUUUAGUUCAGCGCAAGUUAGUGAUCAACUCAGUUGUUAAUUCGCAACUACGAAGUAAAAUAAAAGUCCAGCGAGUUCGCAAAUACCAAACAGUAGCCAUAUACGAGUUUAUAAGAGUUCCUGUACAAACGAAAAAGUUCCUUCAAACUCAACAACGGAGCCGCCGCAACGAGCUGUGAGCUGUGAAAACGAAACUGAAACGGUUAUUCAACCAACAGACUGAAUUGAUUCCGAGGCGAACGUUUAAAGACGACGGUUGGUCGAGCGGGAAAUUAAAAUAUCGUGCAAACCAGAAGUCUAAAGAAAGAAUUUUGAAAAGAAGAAAACUUUGAAAAUUUUACAGUGGAUAUAUAUUUUAUAAAACCCACAUCACUAAGGACGAUCAUUAAGCAUUAGUGUUGCAAUACCGAAGUGCAUUUUGGGAUAGAUUCGUGUGUGAUUCGUGCAUUUAUUGGUUGUGUUUAAUUUGUCUUUGCAUUCGUCUGCAUUUUGAGCAAAACAAAAGCCAACAAAACACAACAUACCAUACAAAAGUAUUGCGAAUACGUAAAAUCAAAAAGUUGCAUAUCCAACAACAAUUACGUCUAAAUUGCAUCAGCAAGCAAAAUAAGUGCAAGAGUACAAGUAGAAACUAGAAGGUAGAAAGCUUUUAAAUACCUUUUGAAGAAAAGGUGAGCCAAGAGAAAGGUAUAGGAGUCAAAUAUCAAAGCUAAUAGUGAAAAGGCAACCCACUAUUGCUAACUCUCUUGUUCACAAUAUAUCUGGCAGAUAUUGCAACUACGCGUAUACCCCACAGCAGCGCGCAGGUCUUUAGCGAAAAUAAGCGAAAACUAUUUCAGAGUAAUCAAAAGCUGUGAGAGCAUUUACAACGUAUUUGCGAAAAACUAAUUGCGGAAGCAAAUAAAGAGUGAGUAGUACAAAAGCUAAUCAAAGAGGCAGAGAUGGAGAAAGAUUUGAAUGGUGCAAUGCAGAGCAUGUCUAUUAAUAGCAACGGCAGCGCAAUUGUCAAUGGCUGCUGUCGCGGCUCCGACUGCAUCGUCAGCGACAAGCUUUCGUGCCACAGUCAGCAACAACAAUUUGGCGGUUGCAGCAACCUGAGCAACAGUCAAAACAACGGCCAUUGCGUGGCUUGCAAGUGUAGCGGCAACAUUAAAUCCGCGGACGAGACAGAUAACAUACACGUUGGCACAUUCGGCAACGGCGCAGUUGGCAGCGUAGCCAAUGUUACAUCCAGUUUUUCGUACAAACCGACAUCUGCGCAGCAGCUACAGCAACUUCAGCAGCAGCAAUUGCAGGCACAGCCACAAAUACCAUUUCCACCAUACGCUAACGCUAGUGUCGCGGAAAAAUACAAAAUGGUUCACGAGUUAUGUCAGCAAUUAUUGUUAACGGACGAACAAAUCAAGGAAUUAACUUAUCGCAUCCUGCAUGAAAUCAAGCGCGGCCUCAAUAAGGAUACACAUGCCAAAGCCGAUGUCAAGUGCUUCACUACGUAUGUUCAAGAUUUGCCCAAUGGCAACGAGCGUGGAAAAUUCUUGGCUCUCGACCUUGGCGGUACCAACUUCCGUGUGCUGCUCAUUCAUCUUAAGGAAGAACACGAUUUCCAAAUGGAAUCACGCAUUUACGCCAUACCACAACACAUCAUGAUUGGAUCCGGUGAGCAACUCUUCGAUCACAUCGCCGAAUGUUUAGCCAGCUUCAUGUCCGAACAUAAUGUAUACAAGGAGCGCCUACCACUGGGUUUCACCUUCUCCUUUCCUCUGCAACAAUUGGGACUCACCAAAGGUCUCUUGUCCACUUGGACGAAGGGCUUCAAUUGCUCUGGUGUGGUGGGUGAAGAUGUUGUACAACUUUUAAAGGACGCCAUUGCGAGACGUGGAGAUGUACAAAUUGAAAUUUGCGCUAUCUUAAACGAUACCACAGGCACACUCAUGUCAUGCGCCUGGAAAAAUCACAACUGCAAAAUUGGUUUAAUUGUGGGUACAGGAUCGAAUGCUUGCUACGUUGAACGCGUAGAAGAGUGCGAACUGUUCGAGGGCGCAGAGAACGGUAAGCCACAUAUGCUCAUUAACACCGAGUGGGGCGCUCUGGGCACUAACGGUAUGUUGAACUUCCUACGCACCGAAUUCGAUGACGAAAUCGAUAGACACUCGAUCAAUCCGGGCAAACAGCUGUUCGAGAAAAUGAUUUCUGGCAUGUACAUGGGCGAACUGGUGCGCUUGGUGAUUGUAAAAUUGGUUAAGGCAGGCAUACUCUUCAAUGGACAGGAUUCGGAUGUGUUAAUGACACGCGGCCAAUUCUUCACAAAAUAUGUGUCUGAAAUUGAAGCCGACGAACCAGACAAUUUCACCAACUGUCGCAUGGUGUUGGACGAAUUGGGCCUGAAUGACGCUACCGAUGAGGACUGCGCCAAUGUCCGCUACGUCUGCGAAUGUGUCUCGAAACGUGCAGCGCAUCUGGUAUCCUGCGGCAUUGCGACCCUCAUCAACAAAAUGGAUGAAAAGAACGUGACCGUAGGCGUUGACGGUAGCGUAUACCGUUUCCAUCCGAAAUUCCAUUCGUUGAUGGUGGAAAAAAUCACAGAACUGGUAAAGCCGGGCAUUAGCUUUGACUUGAUGUUGUCCGAAGAUGGUUCCGGUCGUGGUGCAGCGCUUGUGGCGGCGGUAGCGUGUAGGGAGGAUAACAUUAUAACGAAGUAGAGGCAAUCAGCCGUCAAAAAGAGUAUGUGAGUACGCCAGCAAGCGAUAAAAAGGCGCAAGCUACCAGUGCCCCCCCUCCCCUACACAACAUAUGUAUACAUCUGUACGUGAAUUAGGCUAACGCUGACACGCCAACACAAUAACAGUAACGUUAAUUCUUAUAAAAAAGUGGCGGCCGUCACACAAUUUAAAUAGUAGAAGUAGUGAUGUAACAAAAACAACAAUAAAACCACAAAAAAAAAAACGAUACAGAAACUAUGAUGCAGCAGCAAUAACAUUACUUGACGUUUUACGCGCAAACUCAGUAGUGAAAGCAACAAAGUGAUAGCAUAAAAAUAAAACAGGAUACAAAGGAUGGAGAGGAGUGCUGUGUGUGGAGUAGCAGUGCAGAGCAAGAGUGUGAGAGAUAAGGAAGGCCGCAGGCAGCCCUCCUAAGCGUGCAGUGAUGUGACGAGUAUUGCCGCAAAAUUUGUAGAUAAAAUAGCAGCAACAACAACAUAAUCAAACAGUUGUCACUCGUUUUGUAUAUUUGUUGAUUUUUUAGCAAUAAAAACCCAAAAUUAUUAUAAUUAUUAUAUAAUAUAUAAAAGAUAAUUGUAAAUUGCACUAUUUUUGUUUAAGAAUUUCGUUUUAAUAUACCUAUUUAAAAAACGAAGGCAAUUAACGAAUUUGAAACAUUGUAAGAUUUGGCACAAAAACGUAUUUUCAUUUAGUUUUAUGUUGCCCUUGAGCCUCUAGACUACAUAUUUAUUCGGUUACAUUUAGCAGACAAAAGACAACUGCAUUACUCUGCUUUAAGGCAAUUUCGUAUGUUCGAGUAGAUUUAAUAAAAAUUUAAAAGAAAAUAAUGGAUUGUGCAAAUUUUUAAGAACAUGUGCAAGGCACAGUCAUUAAAAUAAGUAAUAUAAAAAGUUCAGUUUGUGCCGUUUUACUUUGUGAAAAAAGCAAAAAAGUAUAAACAAAAAAUGAAAAAGAAAAAACAGCGAAUAAAAUGUAUUGCAUCACUGAACAA